AUGUAUUGCGACAUAAUAUUUAUUUGUAUUUUCCUACACAUUACUGUAUAUCUAAUUCUCUUCAUAUCUAUCUAUCUAUCUAUCUAUCUAUCUAUCUAUCUAUCUAUCUAUCUAUCUCAUUUAUUCAUCUCACUGUAUAGACUCGCUUGUUUCUAUCUAUCUAUCUAUCUAUCUAUCUAUCUAUCUAUCUAUCUAUCUAUCUAUCUAUCUAUAUUUCCUUGUUUGUCUUUCGAAUUGUUUUCUGAUUUUCUUGAUUUGUUUUUUUUUCUUUCAGUUCCUUGUUUGUCUUUCGAAUUGUUUUCUGAUUUUCUUGAUUUGUUUUUUUUCUUUCAGUUCCUUGUUUGUCUUGAAAAUUUUCCUUGUUUAUCUUUCGAAUUGUUUUCUGAUUUUCUUGAUUUGUUUUUUUUUCUUUCAGUUCCUUGUUUGUCUUUCGAAUUGUUUUCUGAUUUUCUUGAUUUGUUUUUUUUUCUUUCAGUUCCUUGUUUGUCUUUCGAAUUGUUUUCUGAUUUUCUUGAUUUGUUUUUUUUUCUUUCAGUUCCUUGUUUGUCUUUCGAAUUGUUUUCUGAUUUUCUUGAUUUGUUUUUUUUUUCUUUCAGUUCCUUGUUUGUCUUUCGAAUUUCUUUCCCUUUUUUAAUAAUUUUCUUUUCUUUUUCUUUUCCGGAUUUUCCUUUUUUUUUCGUCUUUUUCUUUAAGGGGUUUUUUUAUUUUUUAAAAGACCCCAUUUUUUUUUUUUUUUCUUUCUUCUUAAAUCUUUUCACCCAUUUUUUUAAUAAUUUUCUUUCUUUUUCAAAAUUUUUUCUUCUUCUAGUUUUCAUUCUUUUAAUAAUUUUUUUCUUUUUUUCUUUCUUCUUCUAUCUUGAACCCCUUUUUUUAUUAAAUUUUCUUUUUUUUCUUCUUCUAGUCUUUCACCCUCUUUUUUUUAAAAUUUUUUUUUUUAUUUCUUCUUCUAGUCUUUUCCCUCUUUUAAUAAUUUUCUUUCUUUUUUCUUUCUUCUUCUAUCUUUCACCCUCUUUUAAUAAUUUUCUUUUUUUUUUUCUUUCUUCUUCUAGUCUUUCACCCUCUUUUAAUAAUUUUCUUUCUUUUUUUCUUUCUUCUUCUAGUCUUUCACCCUCUUUUAAUAAUUUUCUUUCUUUUUUUCUUUCUUCUUCUAGUCUUUCACCCUCUUUUAAUAAUUUUCUUUCUUUUUUUCUUUUAACUUUUAUUUUAUUUUUCAUUCACAUUUAUUUUUUUCUUUCACUCAUUGUGUUUUUAAAUUUUUUUGAAUUAAUUUAUUAA